AAUGUCUGCAAAUAACGAAGCAAAUAAAGAUUUAGAAGCUGGAAAUGGUGAAGCUCAACCGCCAACAGGUACUUAUAACACUAAACGCAUGCAAAUGGCUCAAGCUCAAGUCAACGAAGUCAUUGAUGUGAUGAGAAACAAUGUGAACAAGGUUAUGGAACGUGAUGUUCAGCUGAACUCUUUGGAUCAUCGCGCCGAAGUUCUUCAGAACGGAGCAUCUCAAUUCCAACAGUCUUCCCGUACUCUUCGUCAGAAAUACUGGUGGCAAAAUAUUCGAAUGAUGAUCAUCAUUGGACUCAUCGCAUUCCUAGUAAUUGGAAUCUUCCUAAUCUGGAUUUUCAACUGAUCAAUUGGCAAACAUCAAAUAAACGCUACUACUGCAUAACUAACAUAACUUUGUACCAUAUUUGGCCUACUUCUACUGCUUUCUUGCUAUUUUAUUUUGAAUUAGCUUUCGAGUAAUCAUGCUCAGCGACUCGAUUGUCCAUGUUUCCGAUUCUCUGCGAGAUUUCUUAUUGCACGAUAACCCCCCGGUGUAUUGAUUGUAGGUGCGAAACCGAACGAAUAAAAUAUAAAUUAUGAAAAAUAAUGCCAUUACGAAUAAAAUGUAUUGAAGCCUC